AUGUGCUUACCUAUGUUUCGGCAUCGCCACCGUCGCGAUGGCCAUGCCUCAUCCGGGCCUGAUUAUUAUCUUCCCAUCUUUAAGCAAACGGAUUUGAAUGACUACAACCCUAGCACCUAUGAGUGUAAAGCAGUCCCAGCCGACAUCGAAGCCAUCGAAGCCCUACUGUCCUCUCAAACUUCAGACGGUGAAACCAGAGGAACCCGACAAGGAGAUCUGUUCGAUCACGACGAUCACGAAUUCUACAGCAGACAGAAAGGACAAGAAUUUCCUCAGCGCGCCUACUCCGAUAAAUUCUUUCAGUCUUCAGAGCAGAAUCCAGAGAAAUGGUGCGAAAUCGGUGUCACGUUCCGCGGACAUGCUUCGGUUGUUAUACACGACAUUACUGGAGCUGAUACAGACAAACCGAAAAAAUACUUCGAGUAUUUAGGCAUCGCAAAAGAGGAGCCCCAAAGCUCUCGCGUGGGGGACAUCAUACGCCUCCAUCUCGCACGAAGGCGUGGGGAUAACGAAUACGACCUGUGGUUCCACCACCCUCGUACCGACGAAGAGUCCGGCCGGUACUACUCCGUUUGUCGCAUUCGAACGACAGAUAGGAUGAUCAAAUACAACGCUGGUCUGUCAUUUCCUCGGUACUACAAGAAAGUCACAAGUGACUGUGCUACGUUUGCACACAAUUUCCUUGUCAAGACGCUCGAUUGCGUUUAUGCUGAAGGCCAUAUCGAGAAGAAGAGACUUGAUAGUAUAGUGAAGAAUCUGGUUAAGCAUAAUCAUGUCGCAGAAGGUACUGUAGGGGAGACAGAAGUAGUGUCGCGUAGGAAUAAGGUCCUUGGUGACACUGGUGGGACGUUGCUAGAGAGUGGCGGGACUUUGCCUACUACAACGCGCACAAAGCCAAGAUCGACCAGAUACACGAUGCCCUCCAGUUCUGAGGAGGCGCAAGCCCUCGGCCACGCAGAGUUUUGGGACGAACGGUAUGCAAAGGCUGACAGCGACAAGCCAACGCACGAAUGGUUCCGCGCAUUCAAUGAGCUAGAGCCCUUCUUUAAGAAGCAUUUGUUCGAUAAAGAGAGGGAUGAGGGAAAGAAUGCCAAAAUUCUUCACCUGGGGAGCGGGGACAGUACCGUCCCAUACGAUCUUCUAGAACGAGGUUAUACGAAUCAGCUCUGCAUUGACUUUUCCGCGGUAGUGGUCGAUUUGAUGAAGUCACGACAUCCAGAUAAAAGUCAGGUUGAAUGGAGAGUCGGCGAUGUCCGGGAUAUGAAAGACAUCGAUAGCAAGUCCGUAGAUGUCGCCUUUGACAAAGGCACUCUAGAUGCAAUGAUCUACGGGAGUCCAUGGAGUCCGCCCGAAGAGGUUAUGGACAACAGCGGAAGGUAUAUCAGUGAGGUCUGGCGGGUCUUGAAAGACGACGGCGUGUUUCUUUAUAUUACCUAUCGGCAACCGCACUUUGUCAAACCGAUCCUCAAUCGCAAGAAUGAGUGGGAUCUAGACAUGGAAAUCAUGGGUGGAGGCGACAGUUUCCAGUACUUUGGCUUCAUUCUCAAGAAGAACACCUCAGGCCCGAACUGA